UCAAGACAGCCAACCCCCACUUUGGAAUGCGAGGGGUAAUUAAUUGUGAUUGCUUAGCCCGUAUUAUUUCUUCUCGCCUGUAAAAUAAAUGUAAAAAAAUCAGCCAGCCUGGGCACCCCAGAAUGCACGGGUCGGGACUAAAAUUCCCAGUUGCAUUUCCACCCCCUGCUGUAACAACAUUAGAACUAGACCAGCAUUGUGUAAACUGUACCUAUUGAAUCACCAUGCACCGGGACCCGGAUCUCUCGCGUGAAAUGAAUGACGUGGACAGUGUAUCAUAACACAGACAAUACGGGCUGGCUAUGCAAACUUCAGCUUGUGUUGUUCUUGUUGUGGACUGGUGCAUGUUUUUUUCGACGAAUGCCGGAAGGGAAGCUUGGAUAGACAACAUAGCCUGACAGUUAUCUAUCAUCAUAUCACACCGAACUGACAUUCGUAGCAUCCACAUCUAAGGAAGUAGACUGUAGCCAUGGCAGAAGGAGGAUUUGACCCAUGUGAAUGCAUCUGCUCUCAUGAACAUGCUAUGAGAAGACUAAUUAACUUGCUGAGACAGUCCCAGUCGUACUGCACAGACACAGAGUGUCUUCAGGAGUUGCCAGGACCAAACCCUUCCAAUGAUGGCAACUUUACUAUGCCAAUGAUAAUGAUGGCAUGGAUGGUUAUUGGCCUGGUUCUUUUUCUUCUUAGACCUGCCAGGAUGAGGGGACCCAGUACAGCAGGAAAGCCAACAAGCCCACAUAAUAAUCAUGGACAUGAACCCCCUGCACCCCCAGUGGAUUAAACCAAACCGUUGACUGACAACAGCCAAGGAUUCACAUUAUGACCAAAUGAAUUAUUGUGGCCCAGAUACACCUUAGAGAUGUUUACUUGUCUCUGUUAAGCCAAUAUUUUACUUGCUACAGAUGUUGUUUUUUUUGUAGCUGAAUUUCAUCUUUAUAUCUACAGAUUCUGAACAGUUUAUUAACAAUUACAGGUGAAAGGGGUGUUUUGAUGUGAUUUGUUCAAAAUUCCAGGUCAAAUAUUUAGAAUGCUUGAACCCAAUCAUUUUAUUUGCAUAUUAUUAUGUAUAUGUUAAUAUAACACAAAAAACUGGAUCAUCAAAAAAGAAAAAAAACAUAUCAAACAUUUACAAAACAUACAAAAAAUAGUCUUCCUGUCAUUCUAUGUGCUUGUUUCUAUAGACAUGCAAAAUUUGGAUUUGCUACAGAUCAAUUAUAAACUUUGAGAGGUCAGUUAUCAUUAAUUAUACCCAACAUAAAGGGACAAAUUCAACAAGGUAUUUUCUCCAAAUUGCAUUUUGUAAAAGGAAAAAACAUACUAUUAAUGGUAUAAAACUAGUAACAAGCAAGGUUAAUACAGGAACUAAAAUAUUAGCCUUGGUUUUUUGUUAGUAUUUUCUGAACAUUAACAAUUUGAUUUUAAUUUAAAUAAGCAGUGCAAAAUAAACUUAAAAAAAAAAAAACUAAACUGUUUGAUUUAAAGUGUGUGAUCAAAAUGUAGGUUUUGAAACUACAAAUUAUAAAGUAAUUUCGUCAAAUGCCUGGUGAAACACGAUUACUCUGUAUGUGCCUGUAGUGUGACCUGUGUCGUGUAUUUCUUUAUUUAUUUUUCUGUAUAAGACACCAACUGUUUAAUUCAUUAUUUUUAAUGUAUCAUUCUGUAAAUCUUGUCGGUACUGAAAUAGUUGCUGUCAAUUCAGGAAUUUGUUACAAAAUUGGAUUCUAAAAAUAUAGUUUAGUUUAUUGAUUUUCUAAAGAUUCCUUUUGUUUUACACUGGCCAGCUUGUUUCAAGGUAAACAGAAUUUACUAGUAUGAGAAUUACUUCCUUGUUGUACCUUUUACAAAUGCCAAACUUUAUAGGACUGCAUUGAGCUCAUUUUUCUGCUUAUUGUGCACAUCUGCUGUUGCUUUAUGCAUUUAGUCAAUCAUUCUUCAGAUACACACGUCUUUUGCUUAAGAUCCAAGAAAUGUAGUUUGUAAAGUCUUUUUGUGGGCAGGGUCCAUCACAGGUGUUUUUUGGGUAAGCCCAUGACUUUCCUUAUAAUCAACCUUUCUCUUCUUUCUGACAUCAUUCGCACAUCCUAAAUAAAAUGCAGCUGCAUCUUUGUAAUGAAAUGUGUGAAUUAGCCUUCACGUUUGAUGGAAAAAGAAUGGAUAUAGAUCAGUUACAGGUUACAUGUUGCUUGAUGAUGAUGAUGAUGAUUUUUUUAUUUUUUUUUAACCUGGACAGAAAUGCUUUGCUUAUGCUUCAGUGUUAAAAUCGUAGGUACACCAGCUGCCAGAAUGGUGUUAUGCCUGCUGGUGACAAUGCUGUAUUGUAAGCAGAUAAUUCCGUAAUCCCUUCAGAUAUUUCCACAGUUGUAGGUGGCACAACAUAUGAGAAUAUGUAAAAAUUCUGACAAUUUGUUCUCAUUGUUCUUACUUUGAUAGAGAUGGGUGUCAGGUGUACUAUGCCAAAUUUAAUGUGGGUUUGUAUAGUUUCUUUAGAAUUUCUAAAAAGAGUGCCAUUUAGGGCUUUAUCUAUACUAUAAAGGGCUUAUACUAUGCACUUUCUUAUUAACUAAACAAUAAAUACAUCAGUGAA